AUGGUGCUCAAUCGGCCUCAUGGGCUCAUGGCGGUCAAGUCGCUUCCCAGCCCGGCUCAACAGUUCAUCCAAGACGUCAGCGCCGACCUUCGAGAUCUCACGGAGUUCUACAGCAUUUCUUUCUCGCCCACAAGCCUCACCCGCAAGCUGGACUACAUCAAGGAUCGCCGCGCCGAACUCGACAAGAUCGACUUUGACCAGCUGGAUCAGGAGGGCCAGAUUGACUGGCUGCUUAUCCGUGGCUUCCUCAAGAGGCAAGGGCGACAGCUGCAUGCGGCCUCGGAGAAGGUCAAGGAGUUGCAUCACCUCCUUGACUCCUGGGCGCCUUCUUUGAUUCAGAUCUGCGAAGACAGGCAGCGAGUCCUUCCUGUAGAUGGGCAGACUGUCGCCGGCCAGCUCUCUCGUGCACAGGUGGAGAUCCGCUCCUUAUGUGAGUCGAUCAAAGCUGGCAAGACGACUGCGAAGACUACCAAGGAGAAGCUGGCGGCCGAGCGUGCAGCACAAGCCGUGACCGAGCUACAACAUCAUAUGCAAGAAUGGUUCGAGUUCUACAAUGGCUACGACCCUUUACUAUCGUGGUGGAUUGCCGAGCCGUGGAAGGAACUGCCUACUUGUAUGAGUGCCUACGCCGACCUCAUCCGCGAGAAGCUUGUUGGAAUCGAAGACAAGGACGAGAUCAUUGGACAACCCGUGGGCAGGCAGGCGUUACUGGAUGAGUUGGAGGCGGAAGUCAUUGCAUACACGCCGGAGGAGCUGAUUGAGAUUGCGGAGCGCGAGUAUGCUUGGUGUGAGAAAGAGAUGAUUCGUGCGUCAGAGAAGCUGGGCUUCAAGGACUGGCAUGAUGGUCUGGAGCAUGUCAAGACUACUUAUGUAGCGCCUGGCGAGCAGCCUUUGAUGAUCCGAGCUCUGGCGGAGGAAGCCAUGGCGUACGUUAAGAAACACGACAUGAUCACCACGCCCACGAUUGCGAACGAAUGCUGGCGUACGACGAUGAUGUCCCCGGCGCGGCAAAAGGUCAAUCCCUUCUUCCUCGGCGGUGAGCGGAUCAUCGUCUCCUACCCGAAAACAGAGCAAAGCCACGAAGACAAGCUGAUGAGCAUGCGGGGAAACAACCCGGCCUUCUCCCGCAGCACCGUCUUUCACGAAUUGAUUCCCGGGCAUCACCUACAAUUCUACUACCUCGACCGCUGGCGGCCAUACCGGACACUGUUCAUGACACCCUUCUGGACUGAAGGUUGGGCAUUCUACUGGGAAUUCAUCCUGUGGGAUCGCGGCUUCCCCGGACAAGUGUCACAGAAGUAUGCCACGAAUGAGGCCGAGAACCGGAUCGGCAUGCUGUUUUGGCGGAUGCACCGUUGCGCGCGCAUCGUCUUUUCCCUCAAAUUCCAUCUCGGUGAGAUGACACCGCGAGAGUGCGUGGACUACCUCGUUCAAAAGGUGGGGCAUGAGCGAGCGACGGCAGAGGGAGAAGUGCGGAGAUCGUUCAAUGGCGAGUACAGUCCGCUCUACCAGGCGGGUUACAUGCUCGGUGCGCUGCAACUGUAUCAAUUGCGCAAAGAGCUCGUCGGCACGAGCGGCGCGGGAUGGAGCGAAAAGGCCUUCCACGACCGCGUGAUGAGGGAAGGCGUGAUGCCGAUAGAGCUGCUGCGCGCCUUGCUGAGCGGGGAGAGGCUGAAGCGGCAACGAUCGCCGUGCUGGAGGUUCUACCAGCCUCGAUGA